ACCACAGAAGUCCAGUCUUUCACUAUGGUGGUCCCAGCCAAGCGUCUUUGUCAACGGAGGAGAGGACAACACAGGUCACUGAAUCUGAAGGCAAUGCCAGGGAGGUUCUACAACCCUAUGGAUUGCUGAGGAUAGCUUCCCUGCACGCCACUCUUGUGUUUAACAGCUGGACACAGUCCACAGGUCUGGAGCAUAGAAAGGACCGCACACUUCAAGCAGUGUUGAGGGAUUAUCUAGCUUAUAUUGACGCAGCCUAGCGUGAAAUAUGUUGAUUGAACCUGGCUCAGUGAAACGAAAGCAGAUGUGUGUCCUUUGAACUACCAGUGUGAUUCCUGAAGACUUCCAGCCAUCUGCUGAUUGGACAGAAGGACGUACGCAGACAAACUUUGAACUGCUCCUACCCUGCCCUCAAUAGAGGGGUGGAGUAAUUUUUUUGAGGAAGGACUGGAGCUGAACUUUGAAAUCAAAAUGGCUCCCGAAGGAGUGGCAGAGCUCCGGGAUUGGCUCUUCUUGCUGCUUCUGUGUCUGACUCUGCUGGCCGAGGUGCUCGAGUUUUCCGCCGCUGCUGCCGUCUCGUCUGCCCUGGGAGGGGAGGGCGACGGGGAAGUGGUGUGUCCGUCGGUGUGCCGGUGCGACGAGGAUUUCAUCUACUGCAACGACCGCGGGCUGAGCGCCAUCCCCCCGCUGCCUUUCACCGCCACCGUCCUCUUCCUGCAGAACAACCACAUCGACAACGCCGGGCUCCCCACCUCCCUGGAGCUGCACAUGUCCGUCCACGUGGUGUACCUGUACGACAACGAGCUGGACGACUUCCCCCUCCACCUGCCCCCGUCCCUGCGCGAGCUGCACCUGCAGGACAACAACAUCCACACGCUGCCCCGCCCGGCACUCGGCCGCCUGCCCCUGCUGGAGAAGCUGCACCUGGACGACAACUCCGUCUCCACCGUGGGGAUCGGAGACCAGGCCUUCGCCGGGAACCCCCGGCUCCGGCUGCUCUUCCUCUCCCGCAACCACCUGUCCAGCAUCCCGUCGGGGCUGCCAUCCUCCCUGGAGGAGCUGCGUCUGGAGGACAACCGCAUCUCCACCAUCCCCACCCACGCCUUCCGGGGCCUCUCCUCCCUGCGCCGGCUCGUCCUGGACGGCAACCUCCUGGCCAACCAGCGCAUCGCCGACGACACCUUCUCCCGCCUGUCCAACCUGACGGAGCUCUCGCUGGUGCGCAACUCCCUGCUGACGCCCCCGCUCAACCUGCCCACCGCCCACCUCCAGCGGCUCUACCUGCAGGACAACGCGCUGGCGCACAUGCCGCGCGGCUCCCUGGACGGUAUGCGGCAGCUGCAGAGGCUCGACCUGUCCGGCAACAACCUGACCACUCUGCCCCGGGGCCUGUUCCGAGACCUGGAGAACCUGACGCAGCUGCUGGUGCGGGGGAACCCCUGGUUCUGCGGCUGCAACCUGCGCUGGCUCCACGACUGGCUUCGCGCCCGAGGAACCGCCAUCACCGUGCGCGGCCUCACCUGCCAGAGCCCUGAGAGAGUGCGGGGCAUGGCCCUGAGGGCGCUCGCCGGUCAAAUGGAGGAGUGUGACAGCGGUGGAGGAGGAACAGGAGGUGGGGCUGCAGGUGGUGGAACAGGAGGUGGGAGCAGGGAGAGGGGGGACGGGGGACUGGCUGCCGCUGCCUCCUCCACCCUCUCCUCCCCCCAGGGCUCCCUCUUCACCCUCAGGUCCAAGAGGCCCGGGCUCCGGUUCCCUGACUCCAGCCUGGACUACCCCCUGGGCAGCAGCACUGUGACCGAGACGCUGGUGCUCCAGGUGAAGGCCCUGACGCCCGACACCAUCCACGUCACCUGGCGGGCGCCCCAGCCCAUGCCCUCCUUGCGCCUCAGCUGGCUCCGUCUGGGCAGCAACAUGGCCAUGGGCUCCAUCACGGAGACUCUGGUGCCGGGCGAGCGGCGUGAGUAUCUGCUCACGGCCCUGCACCCUCGCUCCAUCUACAUCAUCUGCGUGGCGCCCCAGGUCAGCGGCUCCAGCGGGAAAAGCGCGGCCAACGGAGACGGGCCGCGGGAGGAGGCGGAGAGCCCGGUUUGCGCCCGGACCGAGACCUCAGACCCCGGCCAGCCCAGCUCGGACAAGGAGGAGGGCGAGGGGUCCGAGCCGCUGACCGCCCUUCCCCUCGCGGGAAUCAUCGGCGGGGCUACGGCCCUGGUCUCCCUCGCUCUGAUUUUCGCCGUCUUCUGCUGGUGCGGGCACCGGACUCGACGCCUCUCCGCCCGCGAGCACUCCGUCUACGGCCGGAACGGCUCGCGCCACAGCAAACACUGCGACGACUACGUCGAGUCGGGCACCAAGAAGGACACCUCCAUCUUGGAGAUCCGGGGACCUGGCUUCCAGAUGACGCCCAUGGCUGCCAGGGAGCAAAUACAUCCCAAGCCCCUAAGGGAAGAUUACAUCAUCCACACGAUCUUCCCUUCCAAUGGUACUAGCCUUUACAAAAACACCCAGCAUGUGGCGAGCACUAGGUAUGGUACUAACCGUGGAUACAGAGGAGGAGGAAUCCCAGAUACAGACUACUCAUACACGUGAUAGAUCUCUCUAUGCUGUUAUAUAUAGUGUUGAUCCAGAGCUGAGACUCUCAGACUGGUCUCUGAAGCACCCCUUUGUGCCUAUUGGUUAUUGUUCCAACUAAUCCCAUUAUUUACUGUUAAGAGACUUGUAAAGGGCAGCUUUGCCCUAUGAAAUCCUAGCAUUACUUAACUGAAGUCCUGGUAGAUAUACCUCUUCAGCUGACAUAUUGGCAACACCACUAUUUUCAUGCAGCGAUAACAGUGUGUACCUUUUUAAUGUCCCUUUCCUUCACGGAAACUGGUCAGACAAAAAAAGAGAAAAAACAAGCAUGUAUUUACUUGCAGUUUUACAUAUUUUACAUGGUGUAAUACUUUGAUAUGGUUGUGUUCUUACUGUAGCAACUGAAGUGAUUGAUUCAAGUGACUGACUCAAAGGUAAAACAGCAUGAUUCAAGCCAAUAGCCCCCCAAUCCCCCCCAUCCCUCUACUGUUGCACGUGACACAGAAACAAAGGAAGUGAACACCGCACACAGUGUUCUCUCAUUAGUGCUGGAUACUGUAUAAAAGUACCUCAAGUACAAGACAGGUUCUGUAUGAGAAUUGUGGUGCCCUGUGCUGUUCGCUCAUAUUUUUCAUUUACUAUAUCAUUGCUAAUAUGAUGGUGACAAUUGUGCAAAAUGCAAUUGCAGGAGAAAGGACAUGGUUGUACUUGUGCUUGUGUGUGAGUUCUGUGUGUGUGCGUGCAUGCAAGUGGAAAGGGACAUUAAUGUUCCAUUCUUGGAAAAGCUAAAUUGCCAGCCCCAUUUUUACCAAGAAGCUGAUUUACAACUGACAUUUAGCUGAGUAUUCAGAAUUUAGACAAUGCCAGUGUAGAGCCUUCACACAUUGUUGCAUUACAUACAACUUGUGCUUCAUGCACCCGUACCACACCCUCCAAGGUAAGAAAUACUGAUGAUUUCUGUGUGUCU